AUGGACGGCGAAGGAACUUCGGCUGGCCGUUUGCACAUGUACAAAACCAAGGGUAAAUUGAUUUUUCCUUCACUGUUAUGUUGAUUAUUAUGAAUUCUUGUUCAGGACUCAAUCUAGAUGAGUGUAGGAAAAAGCGUCGUGAAAUUGGUGUACAAAUCCGAAAGCAAAAACGACAUGAAAUCUUGGAGAAUCGGAGAAAAAUCAGCCAGUUUGUUUUCGAGGUAUUUCGAACCUUUCGAUUAUUUUUUUAUGAUUAAGUUUGUACAGAGCGGCAGUGUUAGUGCAAUUCCUGCUGAUAUACUCCAGCAAUUACGAAGCGAAACUUACCAUUGUGAAGAAAACUCGAUUAACUACAUUUGUGAGAAGCUUCGCAGCGGUUUGUGUUUUACCAGACGCCAUUAUAGAUAGCACUCCCAAAAGUCUCCUCUUGGCGCAUUCCGCGUGCGUGCGCGCGCCAAUUCAAAUUUCGUCUCUUGGACUAGAUUUACAGGCUUCCAGUAUAUGGUUCUAUGCCGUGUUCAAUUUGAUUCCGCGAAAUGCAAAAUACCCGUUAGAGAAAGGAAAAGAUCACUAAAUUUUGGAGAGUCAGAGAUCAUUUUGCAUUUCGCGGAAAUUACUUUGAACACGGCACUAGAAAGAAUUCUUUUUGUAUAAUUUUUCUUACUUAUUCAUUUCCAGUUUUCUUUUAUUUAAUAUUGACUCAUUUAGGGAAUCUAACUUUAUUUAAGAAAGUUUUUUCUUGUUUUAGCGCCAAUUCAAAUUUUCGCCUUCACUCACUUGCACAGGCAAAUGGGAAAGGUACCAUAAUGUGCCCACAAAUAUACCUCUUAAAAUGAAUCUUGAAUAUUCCAUAAUAUGUCCAUCGUGAGACGUCGAGCAUAAAUUUUAGCUCUAGCUGACCAAGGAAUGGUGUCUGGUCGCAGUUGGAUUUCAGAAUGAGACCCAGUUCACUAAAUGAAGUUUUUCAUGCUGUUUCCAAAUCUGUUCUCAAAAAAUGCCGCGCAGGUCCGUGAAAAAAGUUUUUUUUUUUUGGAAAAGUUUUUGAGCGGAGAUAAGAUUUUUCAAAGCUCCUCGCAUGAUAAGGAAAUGUGCUGCUGGAAAUUCAUUCUUCGUUUCUCAUGAGCGAAUGGAGAACAACGUGUAAAAGCUUAUACAAAUUUCAAAGGAAGUCUGAAAAACAGAAUGAAUAAAAAAAUUAGAAAACCGAAGUGACUAAAAAAACAAUAAUAAUAAAAAAACCUGGGAAGCAUUUCCAGGCUACUCGGUAGAAAUCAAAAAAAUUUCAGGUACUCUGCCCGUAUAUCAAGUUAUCAUAGAUAUGAUACCCGGGUAAAAAUUAAUUGGAAGUUUUUUUAUGCAAGAAAAAAAAUUAUACAAAAAAAGAACCAUAUACUGGAAGCCUGUAAAUCUAGUCCAAGAGACGAAAUUUGAAUUGGCGCGCGCACGCACGCGGAAUGCGCCAAAAGGAGACUUUUGGGAGUGCUAUCUAUAAUGGCGUCUGUGUUUUACCUACUUAUUACAUGUUUUUUGUUUAAGAUAAAUUAACGGUUGAUGAUCUGUCAGUUCAUGGCGUUUUCUCAAUGCUCUCUGAGAUCUAUUGUAACAGGUAAGAGAUAUUAUCGCGAAAGGUAUUUUAAAAAAUUUAUCGAUAAAGGCAAAACGAAGUGCUACGAUCGGCGAUUCGGAGUAUAAUCCUGCAAGUUGCGCGAAUUCCUCAGGAUUCGAAGAUGAAGGAAACGGAUUGUGUCAAGGCUUUGUGCUUCAUUUUGAGGUUCGUGAGAAGAUUUUUUUAGAAUGUAUCCCUAUUUUUUUGUUUUUAUUCAUUCCUAGUUAAUUUUUUUAUUUAUAUUAUUUUUCUUAUCAAAGUUGGCUUCUUCGUUAAGAAAUUAACUUUUUUUCGCAGGCCUUUCGUAAAUUAUUUUUCCGAUUUCUGUUCUUAGCUUUGAAGCUUAUCGAUAUAAACAUCGGUUCUUCCGGUGACGAAUUCUUUCAAAUUUGAAAUUUUCGGCAUUUUUUUUAAAUGCAUUUCCGAUGAUUCUCUUAUAAUUUGGAAACUAUCAUCAUGAAAAAAAUAUUUUUUUCUAGGCCAAAAAAAUGAAGUAUAGCAAAGUUUCUUUUUUUUUAUUCACUCGAAAAAAAAUGAGCGAAAAUUUGAAGUUAAGUUGAAAUGCACUACGUAAGGGAAUAAUGAAAUGGACUUGAAAAGCAAGUUUCUGUCAUAAUGAGUUUGCUUUUUGAACUUGAAUUUUUCACCCCUUUACACCUCCACAAGAAAAUAAGGUUUUUAGAAAACCUGUUUUCAAACGACUGUGAAAAUAUUUUUUGAACUUCAGAUUCUUAUCUUUUCUGCGAAGUUCCGAAAAGGGAUGAUAUUUUGGUGCCUGAAAGUCAAGGCUAAAGAAAAACCGCAUUUCGAUUCGAAAAAAAAGGAAAUUAGCUGUUCAAAUGUUUUUUUUGCGCCUUUUCAUGGACAUUUACGAGGUAUCACUAAGAAUAACUGCCGAGAUAAACGCGAGACACUGGCGGUGCAUUGACGAGCUCGCAAACAUCUCGCUUUUUUUCUCGCGCCGGUUUCGCAUUAGUCUGGGCGCGAGCUCGCAUUUUUCUAGGCGCGAGCUCGCAUUUCUCUCGCAAUUUGAAAAUUUCCGAAAUGCAAGAUAAAUGCGAGAUGGCGCCGAGAAAAAUGCGAGGUCGCGCCGAGAGAAAUGCGGGAUCGCGCCUAGAAAAAAGCGACAUUUUUGCGAGUUAGUCAAUGUACCGCCACCGAGCUCGCGUUUAUCUCGUCAGUUAUUCUUAGUGAUAGGAUCAUCAACAAGAAGAAAAUAAUUUCAGUUUAUAAAUGGGGAUAAUUUGUUUUUAAUAGCUCAAAAAAAAGCUUAACUGAAAUCACAAGUUGAACUGUUUAAAAAAAAACGUUUUUUUUUUUUGUAAUACUGGUCUUUUUUCUGAUCCACGUUGAACCUGGACAAGAUUUCUGUAUUUGCCUAUGUUGUUUCAUUUUUUGAAUUUUUCCUUUAUUCCAUUUAGAAGUGAUUUCUGCGAAAUUCAAAAUUUAGUUACUUUUUUCGUUUUCUGACCACGCAUGUUUAAGACAGUGUUACUGCGGCCGGUGGCCGGUCAAUAUUGCGCUGUCCGUUUCGGAGCCAGGAAAUUUCCGUAAUACUACCGGCCGCCUUGAACAUGCGUGUGACGACUAUUUUAAAUUUCGAGAAAUCAUUUUGAAAACAGCAUUAUUAUCAAAAAUGCUUCAGCCAACACGAGGAAUCGACGAAUAUCGUCUGCGACAUGCUACAAUCGAUAUCAGUGUUCGUCGGAGUGAACGCGGCGUUUCGAAAUGUCGCCUUUGAUAUGGCCAUCGUCCCCUGUUUGCUCAAUGCCUACGAGAAAAAGUUUGUAGUUUGAUCUUGUUUUUCAUUUUCUUGUGUACCAUUUGCAACAUUAUGAGUAUUUGAAAAGAGCAAGUUGAUUUUAUUUUAGUUUGAGCUGUUCAAAUUUCCUCAAGUAAUUUUUGCCUUUGAUAGCUUUUUUUUCUUUUCCUAUUUUUCGAUAUGUAAGGGAGUUUAUUGAGGAGAAUAUUCAAUGGUGGAUUUAAGGAUAAUUUUGGAGAAAAAAUUGAAGUUUAUUUAUUUCUAUGGUUGAAGCUGUUGUACAUUCCUGUUUCAAAGAGAUUUCAUAGAUAUUAAUUUUUUUUUUUUUAAUAGACAGCCUAAAGAAGGUAUAUUACAAAUUGUUCCUUUGAAAUUAGUUUAAAAAAAGAUUUUUUUCUGAUACUUUCUCGUUAUAUUCUGCAUAAAGGAAAAAAAGAUGAUUUUUCUUCUUUUUCUUUUUUUAAGAUUUGAUCAAGAUUUUUUUAUUGGCUUCAAGCGGACGGCUACAGUUCAUUUUCAAAGCGUUUGCGAAGCUUUUUGACAUUUUUCUGAUUUUUUAAAGUUUCCUCAAAAAUUAAUUAUUUACAUCUUUUUCAAAAUAGAUGCUUUUUUUAUAGUGGAUAAAUGCAUAUAAUUUCCAUAAAACAGUUUUAUUUAGGGGGUAAUUUUUGAAUUUGCAUCGCGACCGCUUUGAACAUGUACUGUAAAUGCCAGAGCCGUUGCAAGCAAAGAAAAAUGGAUUAUAACAGUCAAAAUCCCUCUUCAGCACUAAUUUUGGAAAAUGGGAUGAAUUUAGCGACGUCCGCUUGUCGAGAUGCGUCAUGUGGCUCGUUUCUCAGCUUUUCCACCGACUCUACGACUACAGUCCGUGUGUUGAGGAGGUACAUUUGAAGUUUCUUCCCAGAAUCUUUUCAGGGUACGAAAAAAAAAUAAUAAAAAGGACCCUUGAAAGCCCUUUUUUCAAAUAACUUUUCGAGGAGCUUUUUUUGCUCAAACCAAUAUUAUUCAAUACCGGUUUUAAAUUGAAUUAUCAAGUUUCCAAUAUAUUGCUUAGGUGGCUCCUCUCCUGGAAAUCGUCUCGGACGGGAUGAAAAGCAGCGACGAAGUGAUUCAGUGCGACGCGAUCAGAGCCUGCGCCUUGAUGGCCGAAUGGCAGGAUAUCUGGCCGGUUUGUUUAAUUGUUGUCGAUAAAUUUAUUCCUUAUAGAUUAUAGUUCAGAUAAAGAUGUUUUACAGAUUUAUUAUUUGACAGAAAGCUAAAUUUUUCAGUGAGAUUAUCGAUCAACUUCAUUUUUUUCCAUUAAUGUUCAGUUUUUUUCGAAUGAUUUUUUUAAAUCCAGUCAGAUGAAUUUAUUUUUCAAAAAUUCGAAAAAAAAUAACUUAACAAAAAAAACAAGGAUAAGGGUUUAUUUACGACAAAAAAAUUUAUCAAAUCUCGCAAUUAAGCUUGAAAUUUUUUUGUUUUGAACACUAAUUGUGAAAAAUUCGCGAGUUUUUUUAAUAAUUCAUUUUCAAAUAUUUUUUUGCCAGUAGAGGUUUGAUAUUUUUUAAAAGAAACCAUUUUUUUAAUCUUUUUUUGAAGGAACUUCUAUUUUGAAGGAGAUGCAAUCGAGUAAAAUCUUGCCCCCUACUGGUCAAUUCUUUAUCUUCGGGAGUUUCGAUCGCUCGUCCCAGCGUUUUUGAGGGCCAUCGAUUUCAUAACUCAAAGCACGUCGGCUUUUUACCGAAGGUUUCUUUUUUGAAUAGAUCAGCUGGUUUUUGUGGAUAGGUUUUUUUAAUUUUCGAUCAAAAAUUUAGCGAUUUUUAAAAAUGAUUUUAAUUGUAUUCUAUUCCCCGGUUCGUUUUGAAAGUUUAAAAUGAUAAAUUUUUAGAAUUAGAGAAUUGACAUGCUGGAAAGGUCGGCCUUUUUUUCUUGUACUUUUUGAGAAAAAUUUGAAAUUUUUUUAGCUCAAAAUUGUUCAAAAAUGCGUAGAAUUUUUUUGAUUGUGAUUAUUUUUAAAAGUUUCAAAAAAAGAAUUUUUGGCGUUACAAAUUAGGAAUUUCUGUGUUUUUUUCGAUAAAAUAUAGGUCGAGCUCUUUUCGACUUGACAAUGAAUUUAUUAUGUGCAAACUAAAAAUAAAAAGUUAAAUUGAUUUAGAGCGCAUUUUUUUGACGAAAAAAAAUGAAAAUUCAGAAAAAAAGGAAUUUUUUUGAGAUGACCUGAUUGCAAAAAAAUCAGGUUUUUUUGAAAAUAUUCUGAAUAAGAAUGUAUUUUUUUGAACGGUUGAAAUUUUAAUAAUGUCUAAAACCUGUCCAAAUUUGAAAGUUCGAAAACACAGGCAUCAUAAAAAAAAACUGACCGCACCGACCGAAAUUUCCAGCAUUACAAAAAACUGCAUUUCAUAUCUCAGUGAUCGUGUUUCGAUUCGAAAACAUUUUUUUAAUCUUGCUUUGAAAAAGUAAUGCCGUGUUCAAUUUAGUGAUUUCGCGAAAAGCCGUCAGAGAUUGAAAAAGAUAACUAAAUUUUGGAGAGCCAGAGACCAAAUUGCAUGGAAAUCUUUAAACACGACAUAAAGUCAACUUUCCCAGAAAUGGUCGAUUGCGGCCUUCUGGAAAUCCUUCGGCCCCUGAUCUUCGUCCGAUAUUUGGCCCGCGACGUCUGCUUCAUCUUGUCCAAUAUCUCCUCGGAAGUUCACAUGAUUGGGGUUUUUUCUGUUGUUUUCGGCUUCAAAAAUACUUUUUCUCUUCAGAAAAUCAUCUCGGCUGGAUUUUUGAGCGAACUCACGAAAAUUAUGGAAUUCUCCAACUUUGACACUCGGAAGGAGGUUAGUAGGAAAAUGGACAGAAAAGGAUUGGCUAGAGAUUUUUAUGAAGUAUGGGGUUCGAGAAAAGGGAAAGUAGUUUACCAAAAAGAAGCGUAAUCGAGAUUUUUUUGAUUUCAAACGAGGGGAGAAGAUUGCUUGGAAAAAAAUUUGCUGAUAAAGUAAUAAAAUAAUCUUUUUCAGCCUUUGGAUAAGUAUAAAAAAAAUAUUUUGACUACUUUUUCCUGAGACUCACGGAAAAUUUUUUCCCUUUUCUUAUAUUCCAGGAAGAAAACGUCUGAAACUUAAAUCUCAAGCUUUUUUCGUAAAAGAUGUGUUUUCAAUCAUUUUGUGGUCACAAUAACUAUAUAAGGUCCUGAAAAUUUUACAAUGGAUUUUCAUUGGCUCCGCCCCUUUUUAGGGUUACGGUAGCGAAAAAACCACAGAAGUGCUACUUUUUUCUCCGAAUUAAAAUUUUUAAAAGUUGUCUCGAAAUUUUUCGCAAAACUUUUCUGAGGCAUCUGAAGGCGGCUACACUAUUUUCUAUAAUCUUUUUUCUCAUCAGAAUUUUGCGUCGAAAAAAAAUCCACUUUUUUUCAUUUGUUUUUUUUUCGAAGUAUAUUUUGAGAAAAAGUUACUGUAACUUGAAAAAAAAAAUUUUAAAACGGUUUUAGUUGACCACAUUCCCAUAAUGUGGGUAAACCUAAAAAAAGAAAAAAAAUCAAAUUCUCAUUUUGUAAAUCUGAAGGCGGCCUAUACGAUGUGCCAUUGUUGUUCAUCAACGGAAGCUGAACACAUGGUGGCCGUCUUGGAAUGUGGCGCCUUGAGGGCUUUCACCGAUUUACUGACUGUCAUGGACCCGACCUUGGUUCUGGAGGUUCGAAUAUUCAAUUUUGUCAAAAAUUAACCGUUUUUUGAAGAUUUUGGACGCUCUCGAUCAGCUUCUCAGCUUUGGCGAACGGGAUCUCGCUCCGGGUUUGUCUUUUUUCCAAAUCUUUCUUAGGGAUGCGCAAAAAAUGCUAUUGUUAAUGAAAAAUUUGAAUAUUUUAUGAUUUUUUUAUUCCCUUUCAGAAACUGUAAUUUUUUUAUUUUUUUGAGAUUAUCUGACAAAUUGAUUUGAAAUUUUUUUAUAAGGAAAUUAAGCCUUUCAAAUUUUUGAAAUAAGGAAACUUUAAAAUAUACGAAACAUAGUAACUUGAAUUCAAAGUAACACUAAAAUACUUGAAAAAUUGAAAAAAAUAUUCAAUUGAGUGGGGAUUUUUUUCAAUUUUUUUAGGUUGACUCAGUAGGAAAAAAAUAAAUCUUUUUUUGGCAGAUUCUAAGGCUUUUUUUGAGUAUCAAUCUUCCGAAUUUUUACGAUGAAAAAAAAGUUCUAAAAAUUCACAAGAAAGUACAAUUUUUUUAAUUUGAAGUUAAGACCAAAAUAAUUGAGAACUGAAAAAAAUACGUCGAAACUAUACAUUCAACUUUCUCGAAAAUUUAGUUUGAUCAGGCGAUAAAAAAAUUAUAUUUUGUUCGAUUUUGGUACCUUCAAAGAGUCCAUGGAGCUGUAAAAAAUUGUUAGACUCUUUGAAGAAAUUACUUUGAACACUUCCUAAAUAAAUGAGAAAAAGUGUUUUUAACACGUGUAUUUGUUGUUUCAAAAAUGAUGUCAUAAAGUGACGUCAUUAUGUUUUGAUUUUUUUUUAACGAAGUCCAAUUUUUCAUUCAUUUUCAUUUUCCUCAUUCUUCCGCGGUCACAUCAGUUUUCAUGAUUCUUUUUUCAAGUGUAUAAAUAUUUUUCCAGACUACACAAAUCCUGUGGCGACGAAAUUAGAACAACUUGGGGGCCGUAGAAAACUCGAAUUUCUUACGGAAAGUCAGCACGUCGAAAUCCACGUCAGAGCCUACGCUCUCAUCGAUCGGUUGGUUUUCAUCUUCAAAAAAAAAUUGUUUAGAAAAAUUUUUUUUGGACCUCAUGAACUAUUUCUUGAAAGUAAAAAUCGAACUAAAAAUUAAUAACUUUAAUGGGGGAUAUUUAUUUGUAGAUAUUUUGACCAUGGCGAGAAUCUUUUUUUUUUUUAAUUUGCUAAAAUGAGUUUCAUGAGGUUCUAUGCGAAGAGACCUUGUAAAAUGUCGAAAAAUGUAAAUUAAUCAUACUUUCAGGUAUUUCGACGACGACGAGCUGGUUGGAUUGAAUCCAUGCAGUUCGGAGAUCCGAUCCAGCGUCGACGCCACCAUCGAAGCCGUCUUGGCGACAGUUGCUGCCCAGGAUUCAUAA